ACCACUCAACAAGAUAAACGCUUGUUUCUUUCUCUUCAUACAAUUAUUUACCAGUGGAAUAACUGAAUGAAGGCAAAUAACGACUUACAAGGAGGAACAUAGAGUGUGCUACGUAAACGUCAUAACAUGUUCAGAUUUAUGAUGGCGCUGUUGGCCGGGUUUUACCGAGCGUUUGGAUUGUUUCAAGUUUCUUUGGUCUUCCUUGGAUCCAGUCUUGCUUACGCUGAAAAUAAUCCCUCGCCACGAUUUCCAAUUGGCGAUCCACGAAACUGUCCUCUUACAAACGGAGUUCAUCGCGCCGAGGUUCUUCCGGGAGGCGGCUGGGACAACCUUAGAAAUGUUCAUAUGGGCGCUGUUUCAGUGAUGAAUUACUCCAAGUGCAAGACUUCAGACGACGGCAAGUAUCUCAUUCCCGAUGAUGUGAUCCUGUAUCCUAUCAAGGAGAGCAAAGUGCAUGUAUUUGCUGAAAUGUACGAUCACUGGCACAACUAUUCGUCCACCACAACCAAGUCUAUUAAUGCUGAAGGAAAAUUUGGUUUUGGAAGUGUAAGUGGUUCGUUUUCUUCUGAGUUCGAAUCAGUGAAGAAACAUCAAGUGGAAGAUAAGACUGUAACCACUCGAGCACAACUACGCCAUGUUUUAUACACGGCGAAACUCCAGCCCGAUGCCCCCCUACAGGCACCGUUCAAGUCCCGUUUGCUCGAGAUCGCAUCUCACUUACAGCAUAUCAAUACUGCCUAUGCAAAUUUUCUCGCCCUAAAAUUAGUUCGAGAUUUCGGAACGCAUUAUGUUACAGGCGUCAAGGCCGGAACAGCCCUGGCCAAAGUGGAUCACUUGACAAAGAAAUUCGUUGCUGGUUUCAGUGAAGAUAAAAGUAAGAUCACAGCCGCCGCGAGUGCAUCUUUUUUGGGAAAGUUUGGAGUCGGUGCUGGCUAUACUCAGACAACAGACAAAAAAGUUUUGGAUGAAUACACACAGAACAUCGUUUAUUCCACAGUAUAUACAUUCGGUGGACCUCCAUUCAGGAUGAAUUUUACCAUUAAUAAAUCGGAAGACCAACUAUCGGAUGAGCUGGUUGCAGUUGAUCGGUCCGGAGACCCUCUUCAUUUUGCAAUUACACCCAAAAGUGUACCAGAAUUGUCCGAAGAACUGGUCUUCAAACUAGCCAACGUUGUCGGAAAAGCCAUUAAGCAGUACUAUGAGCACAAUACCAUUAAAGGAUGCACCAAAAUGGACUCUCCGAACUUCAGCUUUCAGGCCAACCUCGACGAUGGAUCUUGCGAGAGCCCAACCAAUAACUACACCUUCGGGGGCGUUUAUCAAACGUGCCAAUGUGAUGGCUCUCCAUCCAGUAAUCCAUGUGAAUCCUUUCUCCAGAAGAACCCUCUCACGGCCAACUACUCUUGUAGUAAUGGUUAUGAACCAGUCAUGCUACAUCAAGGUCGCACACCCGAAAGCUGUCAUCGUGAGUGCCACGGAUGGUGGAUUUUUAAAAGCUGCGACACUCAUUGCAGAUUCGCCAGCUGCGACACCUACUGGUGUGUUGCUAAAGGUUUUGUGCCUCGUAAUACAGGAUAUCUCUUUGGUGGACUCUACAGCAAUGUGUUAAAGAACCCAGUCACACAAGAUCACAGCUGUCCAGCGAAGUUUUACGCCUUGCGCUUCGGAACCACCAUGCAAAUUUGUGUGAGCGAUGACUACGAGCUAGGCUUCCAGCAGUCAGUCCCUUUUGGUGGCUUCUUCAGUUGUAAUACUGGUAAUCCUCUCGGUGUAAAGAAAGUAGCGGACAGUACCAAGGGAUCAAACGGUCACUCAGGCUUGGAGUUGUUUGUGAACCAGUCUGGUCCGUCUGUGUGGCCUAAAACCUGUCCAAUAGGUUAUUCUCAACAUUUGGGAGCCAUUGAAGAAGACUGUGAGAUCAACUUCUGCGUGAAGUCCAAUAUAUUCAACAGCCAGGGAUUUCCUAUCAUCAAAAGACCUCCUUACUCGAACGCGCCCAAAAUUUACAAAUACACCGUGCCCUUGCUUGUGGUUAACAAUGACACCGGACAAAUUUGGUCAAAACGAUCCAACUCAACACUUUGGGUUUUGGCCACUAAAAGCUCUGUUGCUGAACUUGCAGCCGAAACCAACCCAGAUGGUCCUGCGCAUGAAAACGUGAAAUCUACCACUCAUGGCAAACAAACGUCUUCCUCACAGAGUUCCCGUGAUGCCGAGGGUGCCGGGGCCAUGGCUGGUAUUACAUUCGGCGUGACAGCAUUGCUGAUCGCAGUCAUGGUCAUUGGCUGGCGUCGCCAUAAGACCAUUCAAAGAGAGAGCAGCGGUUUGAUGGAGCCAUUGAUUCCCACUGAGUGCGACGCAGUUAAUGAGCAAGGAAGCCUACGAAUUUGAAUUACCCAGGAACUUUUUUCUUUUUUCCCAAACUUAACAAACGUAGAUAGGAAGGCCAUUCAAAGAGAAACGUAGAUAGGAAAUUUGAUAAUAACUUGUUGUCUCUAUAAGCGUUUUUGAAGUUGAUCUUUUGUCUCAGUUUUUCCCGUAAAUUCGUUUUUGAAGUGACAUUGUUUUCAGCACUUGUUCUAAUGUAAGUGAAAUGGAAGAAUUAACCCUAAUUUUUGAGGCGCAGACAAUGUAAGCACAGGAGGUUUUGUUUGACAGAGUACUGUUACACCUGUUUACACGAUGAUGUUGAGUGUCGCUAAGCCAAAACCAAAAUUAUCAGAACUACCAAUCAGAAGGAAGAAAAAUACUCUAAGAGCCAAUGAGAACUUAAAUUAAAGAUCACCGAAUUACCUCAAGCGCGGGAAAACGCGAGCGACUGAGUCGUGAAUUGGUUAUAAUUUUAAUCUUGUUGGUCGAGUUUUCUGCAACAACUACAGAUCGAAGAAGAACAAAACCAAAGCAAUCUUGGAUUAUAACACUCAAUUGAAAAUUUUCUCCAUAUUGUGUCGCACAAACAGUGGAUUAUUAAGUUGUGCUCUCUAAAUACUUAUAUAGAACUCUGUUGAUUUCGGUAUAAUCUUAAAAGUUAUUCUGCCUUUUCAGUAGUCGGUUUAGAGAAGUUAUUUUGCAUUGAAUCACGUUGAAAAACAAUGAA